AUGAAAAUUGAUCUUAACGAUGUAGCGUUCGCUUGUGUUCAUACAUUGGACAGUACUUCUGCUAAUACCCUACCGAAAAUUACUCCAGUUAAUAUUAGAUUAUUGGUGGAAAAGUAUGCUAACAUUUAUGACAAAUCUAUUGGAAAAAUUGAAGGUUUGCAAGCAAAAUUGAGUUUGAAACCAAAUGCAAGACCAGUGUACAUAAGAGCGCGUCAAGUUCCAUUUUCUUUGAGAGAUGCUGUUGAGAAGGAACUCGACAUACUUGUCCAGAACGGGGUGUUGGAGAAAGUGAACCACAGUAGAUGGGCUACACCGAUUGUCCCAAUUUUGAAGUCCAACAAUAGAGUAAGAUUAUGCGGUGAUUAUAAAGUAACGGUGAAUCCUAACCUGGAAAUUGACGACCAUCCAUUACCGACGAUAGAAGAACUUUUCGCUAACGUUGCAGGAGGACAAAAGUUCACCAAAAUCGAUUUAACUCAAGCCUAUCUACAAUUAGAGGUUGAGGAGGGUGAUCGUGAAGUACUAACACUAAGUACGCACAAAGGUUUGUACCGACCAACACGUUUGAUGUAUGGUAUUGCAUCUGCGCCUGUUAUUUGGCAGAGAUUAAUGGAGCAAGUGUUGAACGGGAUUCCGGGAGUUACAGUUUUCUUGGAUGAUAUUCGUGUCACGGGACCAAAUGAUUUAAUUCAUCUGCAACGACUAGGAGAUGUACUAAAACGGCUAAGUUCAUACAAUAUGCGAAUUAAUUUGGAGAAAUGUCAGUUUUUCGAAAACGCGAUCGAAUACUGUGGAUAUUUGAUUGACAAAGUUGGCAUUCACAAAGUCCCGGGAAAAAUCGACGCUGUUCAAAACAUGCCUAUACCGAAAAACAAAGAUCAAGUUCGUUCUUUCGUAGGUUUAGUGAAUUACUACGGAAGGUUUUUCCCGAACCUGAGUACAACGUUGUAUCCGCUCAACAAUCUCCUGAAAAAUACUGUUCCUUUCGUAUGGUCGAAGGAAUGCGAUGAGGUAUUUAACAAAAUUAAGCGUGAAAUGCAGUCGGAGAAGAUUUUAGCACACUACGAUUCUAUAUUACCACUAGUACUUGCUACGGAUGCAUCACCAUAUGGAGUCGGUGCAGUGCUUAGUCAUGUAUUUUCAGAUGGUUCAGAACUACCAAUCCAAUACGCUUCCCAAACACUUAACGCUACGCAACAAGCAUAUAAACAAAUUGACCGAGAAGCCUAUGCAAUAUUCUUCGGAGUUCGCAAAUUUUACCAAUACCUCUACGGCAGGAAGUUCACUCUUGUCACGGACAAUGAACCGCUAAAGCAAAUAUUUUCUGAUACCAAAGGACUUCCGAAGAUGUCCGCCCUUAGAAUGCAGCACUAUGCAACAUUUUUACAAUCUUUCAAUUUCAAGAUCCAAUUUCGUCCUACAAACCAGCACGCAAACGCUGACGCAUUUUCAAGAUUGCCUUUGAAGAAUAGUACGCCCGAUGCAACUGUUGAGGAAACAGACUAUGUGGAGGUAAAUAUAAUAGAAACACUGCCGUUAACUGUUGCUGAACUUGCGAAAGCUACUGCAAUGGAUACUACUGUUAAGACACUAGUGCAAGGGUUGCAGAAUGGUAAAUCCGUGGAGCCUAAAGAUCGUUUUGGUGUUGACCAAGUGGAGUUUACUCUACAGAAAGGUUGUGUCAUGCGGGGAAUCAGAGUAUACGUUCCUCUGAGCUUGCGAGACAAAGUGUUGAAUGAACUACAUUCAACUCAUUUUGGAAUUACUAGAUUUAAGACUCUUGCUCGUGGUUACGUUUGGUGGGAAGGAAUAGAUAAAAACAUUGAGGACGUGGUGCGAAAUUGUAGUUUGUGUCAGUCAACUCGAGCUGAGCCGUCCAAAGUACCAACGCAUUGUUGGGAGACACCCGCGAAGCCGUUUGAACGAGUACACGUUGACUUUGCUGGACCGUUUAUGAAUGUUUACUUUAUCGUGUUCGUUGAUGCCUACACAAAGUGGCCAGAAGUGCGAAUCCUGAAUAACAUAACAACUAACACAACGAUCCAGGUGUGUCGUGAAUAUUUUUGUACAUAUGGAAUUCCUUCUGUGCUCGUAUCUGAUCACGGUGUGCAGUUCACAUCGGAACAGUUUCAAAGAUUUUUGCGAAUGAACGGUGUUUAUCAUCAUAAAAUGGGCGCACCGUAUCACCCUGCGACGAAUGGGCAAGCAGAGAGGUUUAUUCAAACAUUUAAAUCGAAACUAAAAAGUGUGCAAUGUGAUAAAACUUCAUUGCACGCUGAACUCUGCAAUCUUCUGUUAGUGUACAGGAAAACUAUUCAUCCUACUACGGGAAAAUCGCCGUCGAUGAUGCUUUACAACCGACAAAUCCGUUCGCGAUUGGAUAUCAUGAUUCCUGAAGCUGCGAAUGCUGCCAAAACGGAACAGAGGAAGUGUCGUGAUCUUCAAGAGGGGGCGAGAGUUGCUGCGAGAGAUUAUUUAGAUAAAGCAAAGUGGAAGUUCGGAAAAAUUCUGAACAAAUUGGGUGAGUUGCAUUAUGAGAUACUACUGGAUGAUGGAAGGAUUUGGAAGCGCCACAUAGAUCAGCUGCGAAAAGUUGGUUCAAACUUGGUAACUGACAAAUCUGUACCAGUCACGGUGCUACCAUAG